AAGCAGAGAUCUGUCUGCUUAUGUGUCUUAAGGCAGUGGACUAUAUUGUGGAGUAUGACUAUGAUGCAGUGCAUGACGAUGAGUUAACGAUUCGAGUUGGGGAAAUCAUCAGGAAUGUGAAAAAAUUAGAAGAAGAAGGAUGGCUAGAAGGGGAGCUAAAUGGCAGAAGGGGCAUGUUCCCUGACAACUUUGUGAAGGAAGUUAAGAAGGAUGUAGAACCCAAGGAUGAYGUCCUACCAGUGAAGAGGGAGAAAUCUGGCAAUGUAGCAAGUCUCGUGCAGCGUAUGAGCACCUAUGGGCUUCCAGCAGGAGGAUUUCAGCCUCAUCCGCCGUCCAAAAGCUACAAGAAGAAGUCCAAGAAGCGGCAGUGCAAAGUGCUGUUUGAGUACAUCCCUCAGAAUGAGGAUGAACUGGAACUCAAAGUGGGGGAUGUUAUUGACAUCAGUGAAGAGGUGGAAGAAGGCUGGUGGAGCGGGACACUAAAUGGCAAGUCAGGCUUGUUUCCUUCAAACUUUGUGAAAGAAUUGGAGUYGGUGGAUGACGGAGAAACACAGGAAACACUGGAUGACACAGAGUCUGUUUUCAGUGGUCCUACCUCGCCUGUGGCUUCUCCAGGAAACGGAAGUGAACCUGGAUCUGGAUCAAUAGCACAGCCAAAGAAAAUCCGAGGUGUUGGGUUCGGAGAUAUCUUUAAAGAAGGCUCAGUGAAACUUAGGACCAGGUUAUCCAGUAAUGAAGCAGAAGAGAAAAAGCAAGAGAAGCCACYAUCUAAUCAUCCACCUGGAACCAAACUAAUGCAUUUUUCUAGUAUCACAAAAAUGGAGAGCUCCUCAUCAGAAGGAACAAAAUUGGAAACAGAAAGUAAACCAAAAGCCAAGGAGCAUUGCAGGACAAUAUUUGCCUAUGAGGGCUCCAAUGAUGAACUCARUUUUAAAGAAGGAGAGAUUAUUCAAACAAUCAGCAAGGAUGGAGAACCAGGAUGGUGGAAAGGAGAACUUAAUGGUAAAGAAGGAGUCUUCCCAGAUAAUUUUGCUGUUCAAAUCCAAGAGUCUGAUAAAGACUUCCCUAAGCCAAAGAAACCUCCACCUCCGGUUAAAGGUCCAGCUCCAAAGCCUGAAUUGCCAAUUGGAGAGAAGAAAUUCAUUUCUUUGAGGCCUGAAGAAAAAGAUGAAAAGGGARUUUUGGACCAGAAGCCUUCUAAGCCAGUUGCUCCUCAAGUACCGCCCAAGAAGCCURUUCCUCCAAGCAAGACUAAUAACUUACUGAGAGCAGGGCUUCUGCACCCAAAACGACCAGAGAAACCUGCGUUGCCAUCAUCUGCACCUAAAUCUAAUGGAGAGGUUGUUUCUCUUCGACCGAAAUCUGAAAUUGAGCCAGUUGCAAAACCAAAGUCGGACUCUGAACAAUUACCACUUAGACCAAAAUCAGUAGAGGUAGAUUCACUUGUGGUGAAGAGCUCUAAAGAAUCAGAUCUGUUAAGCUUUGAUGACUUGAUAACUACCUCAGAUAAUCUCUCACACCCCACUGCAAGCAGACCCAAGAUGCCUGGCAGGAGGCUGCCUACACGUUUCAAUGGCAGUAAUUCUCAGCCAAGUCAAAAUGCAAGUCCAGAAAAAAAUUUGAAGGUGCAGAAAGAAGAAGAAGAAAGUGCCAAACCAAAGCCAUUUGAAACGAAAAAGCCAUCUACAUUGACUUCACCACUUCCAUCUUCAUCUCAAAGACCAAAUUCUGUUAUACUGAACUUUUCUCCUGCAGAAAUUAAAUUUAAAGGAGAAACAGAUGAUGAAAAAGCUUCUCUGGAAGAGCUCAGGACUCAGAUGAAUGAAUUGAUGAGUUUAGUGGACAUACUGAGAAGAGAACAUGGGAAAGAACUGGAAAAACUAAAGAAGGAUUUGGAAGAAGAGAGAGUGAUGCGAAGUAAUCUGGAGGUUGAAAUAGAAAAAUUGAAGAAAGCAGUGAUGUCUACAUGAGAAAGUGUUGGACUCAAUGUUAUUAACUCUCCAGGAAUUCAAAGCUGAACACAAGUAGAACUGAUUUUCUUAUUUCAUAAUAAUGGAUGCUGGUGUUCUACAGUCUUAAAAUAUAUAGUAAAAAGGAAUAUAGUCUUUUAUUCAGAGAGAUAAAACAGAAUAAUGGUGUAAUUUUUUUGCCAAUAUAAAAGAGGCCUUAUUUCUUACUGUGCUGGAAUUUGCAGACCUUUAUUUUUUUGGUUUGCUUGAAAAUACUACUGAGUCUGUAUAAAAAGCAGAGGGAAUUCUUAAUAGAUUUUUAUUGAAUACCUGUAGCUUAAUUUUUAAAGAAAUCUAUACUAUAAAUAGCGUGAUCUAUCUUUACGAGUAAUCUGUAACAUAGUCUACUGGGAGGGAUGGAGUAGCCAUGUAGUAAUUCAGUCACUACUUUUCCCCUACACGUAAAAGGGAAUUUAUGAUAUUUGUAUAUUUUUUAAUUUUGGCAGUCUUACCCAGGGUUAUGCUGUUGUGCCUGUCUGCAGUGAGAAUAUUAAUAAUAUGCUGUUUAAAAGUUGAGUAAUGAGAUAGGAAUUCAUUAAUGCAAUGAAGCAGAUGAAACACCUAUGCAUUGUAAUAAGAACAAAUGAUCUAGUCAAAAUACUUUAACAGAACAUUUUGUCACUUGCACUAUUGGAUUAAAAAGGGAUUUGGGACUGAAUCAUGAAGUUGCAAUAGAAUUAACUUUUAAAAUCACAAAAUGCAAGAAAUAUGGAAACAAGAGUAGAAUCUUUUCU